GCUCUCGCGAGAGCCGCGCCGCCAUCUCGGCGGUCACCGAGCGGGACGAGCUCGGCUCCUCAGGGCCCCGCCGCUCCUCACGGCCGCUCCCCGCCCUGCUCUGUCCUGCCAUGCUGUCCCGCCUCGUCCUGCGCGCCGCCCCCGCCGCGCUGAGGGCGCUGCCGCCGCCCGUCGCCGUGGGGGUGUUGCACGCCACAAGACCCCUGCACACAACUCAGCAGAGUUUGGCUCCUGUGCCACCUCUGCCCGAGAAGGGAGGAGAAGUUCGUCAUGGCUUGAUCCCUGAGGAGUUUUUCCAGUUUCUCUACCCUAAAACAGGAGUGACAGGGCCCUACAUGCUGGGCACUGGCCUCCUGCUCUACCUCCUCUCCAAGGAGAUCUACGUGAUCAACCACGAGACAGCAGCAGCUGCCUGCAUCCUGACAGUCAUCGUUUAUGCCAUCAAGAAGUUCGGGCCUGAUGUGGCAGCUUUUGCUGACAAACUGAACGAGGAGAAGGUGGCCACAGCUCUGGCCAUGAAGAACGAGGCCAUCCAGACGCUGCAGACGGCCAUCGAGGACGAGAAGAAGGAGCAGUGGAGGGCGGAGGGGCGCAGUUACCUCUUCGAUGCCAAGAGGAACAACAUCGCAAUGCUGCUGGAAACCAACUACCGGGAGCGCUUGCUGACGGUGUACAACGAGGUGAAGAAGAGGCUGGACUACCAGGUGGCCAUGCAGAACCUGAAGCGGCAGAAAGAGCAGGACCACAUGAUCCAGUGGGUGGAGAGGAACGUUGUUCAGAGCAUCACACCUCAGCAGCAGAAGGAAAGCAUUGCCAAGUGCAUCCUGGACCUGAAGGCACUGUCCAAGAGUGCCCAUGCAGCCGUGUGAGCAGUCUGAGCCCACUGACACGUCCCAAUAGCUCCUCUUGGAAACUGUAUGACUCUAAAAUAUCAUUAAACAGACAAAAAAACCCCUCCGCUGUCUUUCACUAGCAACAGUCCCUGCCUGUUUGUGUUUGAAGUCACUGGAUGGUCACACCAGCCACUGCAGCUGGUUUAUGGUGGGGGAUGAUUGGAACCACAGUGUGUGAGAUCCUGUUGGAUUCCCUCUUUGGUCAGGAACACUUCCAAAGACCCAGAACUUCACAGAGGAGAAUCCUGCUGCUGAAGCUGAUCCCUGUGGUAGAAUUCUGAGUGCUAGCUCCCCAGAUGCCUGCUGUACCCGUGUUCUAAAAUCAGGAUGAUUUGUGCUGCCGUUCACCUGGCCCUGGCUGGGGGCAGCUCUGGGUGAAUGUUCCUGUUCUCUAAAGGAGCUGGGACCCCCCUUUCACCAUGAAGCCUCGUGAAGUGUUGAGAGUUUGGGUUCUGGGAAAAGAGAUGGGGCAGGAAAUGUGUCAAAAGCUCCUGAAAGCCUUGUGCUCAGCUGGCUGUGUCAGUGCUCAGUCUGCAAUGGGACAAGGUUUGUUCCAGAGGAGUUCUUCUGGACUUCCAUCACUCUGUUCCUUUUCUUUUUAUUGGAAGCCUUUCCCUGAAGCAAUUUGUCAAAACUCAGAAAUCCCAGCAAAGCACACACACAAAUAACCUCCCCCUGUGUGCUGUGAUUUAUGUACUCCAGAAACCCAGGUACACACUGGGGGUGCCUGCAAUCCCGUUUCUCAGUGGGGUUGAGAAACGUGGUUUUCUUACACUUCCAGUACCUCAGUUCCCAAAGUGGUGUUCUUUAGGGGCAAGAACCUCACUUCAAGCCAACCUAAGCUGAGGCUGCCUCACUUUUUUCAGACUAACAGUUCCAGAGAAUGCAGGUGUCUUUCAUGGUUUCCUGUUUUUUGUCAAUUUAAAUAAAAAAGUGAAGUUGCUUAACUUCCACAAUUGUGUAAGCCCA